AGGACGGUCGACGAAUCGCUUUCAAUUUGCCAUCGUUUCAUUUUCAACUCACUCGUCAGCCUGGUUUGCAGUUGUCACAGUCGUGCUUGGAUUCCCGUCGAAUUGGUGCCGAUUUCCCGAUUUCGGCUGAGCUAGGAGCGAGGAAAUUUCUGUGGUUUCGAUGGAAAAUUUGCUGCCCGCAAGGUCUCGAAGCAUUCUUGAGUCGUUCUCGCGGGUGACGAAACAGACGAAGAAGUGAAAAUCGCCUGCAGGCAGCGCGCGUUCGCAUAACCUUUGGUGACAUUGAAGAUUUUAGUGUUGGGUUUUUGCACUUGUUGUGUCUUUGCGCUGAGCGUGUGCUAGCCUUCGCGAGGAAUUUGGUACUUUGCAGCGUGCACUUCCACCAGGGGCGGAUUUAAAGUGCGAAAGUGUCUAGUCCCGGCCGAAACAACGGCGGCCUCAGCGGAGUCAGAACUUUCCGCCCAAAUCCCAAGUGAGUUCUUGUCCCGGACCGAACUUUGUCUCCUGUUCUAGUUCUGAGCCGAACCCAAUGAGUAUUGUGCGCUUCUAAAAAAAGAUCUCGAGUGUUCAGUUGGUCGUUGCGUUGCGAAAAUCGUGAGUAGUGAUCGCACAUUGGAUUCAGUGUCGCUUUGAGUGGUUUCAUUUCCUCUGCAGUCCGGUUCGGGUACCAACAAAAUUCCACCACCAGCAAUGGCCAAGGACGAGGAAGACGAUCUCUUGCCCGACAAAGAUGCCGCCAAGGGAUUCUAUGCCAAAUACGAGCCUAAGGAGAUUCUGGGGAGAGGUAUAAGCUCAACGGUGCGAAGAUGUAUAGAGAAAGAGACUGGCAAAGAAUUUGCAGCAAAAAUUAUUGAUUUAGGAGCCGAAACUGGUGACAGUAGCCCCCAGCAAAUGCUAGAAGCAACUAGGCAAGAAAUAUUUAUAUUAAGACAAGUAAUGGGACACCCAUAUAUAAUUGACUUACAAGAUGUAUUUGAAUCUGAUGCCUUCGUAUUUCUUGUGUUCGAAUUAUGCCCUAAAGGAGAACUAUUCGAUUAUUUAACAUCGGUAGUAACUUUAUCAGAAAAGAAAACUAGGACUAUCAUGAGGCAAGUUUUUGAAGGGGUGGAAUAUAUUCAUUCAAAAAACAUAGUUCAUAGAGAUUUGAAGCCAGAGAAUAUACUUUUGGACGAUAAUCACAAUGUUAAGAUAACAGAUUUCGGCUUCGCUAGACAUUUAAGCGAAGGACAAAAGCUUUUUGAUCUCUGUGGGACGCCUGGGUACUUAGCUCCUGAGACAUUGAAAUGUAAUAUGUUCGAAGGUUCACCGGGAUACUCCAAAGAAGUGGACGUGUGGGCUUGCGGUGUAAUCAUGUUCACAUUACUAGUUGGUUGCCCGCCUUUUUGGCAUCGUAAACAAAUGGUUAUGUUAAGGAAUAUAAUGGAAGGAAAAUAUAGUUUUACAUCGCCUGAGUGGGCUGAUAUAUCAGAGGAUCCUAAGGAUCUUAUUAGGAAAUGUUUAGUAGUGGAUCCAGAGAAACGAAUAACCGUCAGCGAGGCUCUUCGACAUCCCUUCUUCCAAACUAUGCUAUUCGAACAAGAUAUUGGUCCUCUGAAACGCAGCCUAUCGACAAAAUCGAGGAGAAUGAGUCGAAUCACAGAAAUUGCACUGGUAACCACAUGUUUCUGGACAAAAACAUGUUACAAUUUAAAAAGACGACUACGGAAGCAAAGCCGAUUUAAUGCUAGGAAGAAAUUCCAAUUCGCCAUAUUGGUGGUGAGAGCGAUGAUACGAAUCAAGAGAUUGAGAUACACCGCGGAACCGCUUCGUGUUGAUGAAGCAAUUCGGGAUCCUUAUCGUGUUAAGGUUCUUAGGAAAGUCAUUGAUGGCUGUGCAUUUCGAGUGUAUGGACAUUGGGUCAAGAAAGGUGAAGGACAGAACAGAGCGGCCCUCUUCGAAAAUACACCUCGAACCGAAUUACAUGCUUUAUACAUUAACAAUCUUAGCCGAUAGUUUAGUAAUUAUAGUUUAGCAAACGUCCUUUAAUACUAUUUCAACUAGAAGCAACACACCAAGCAAUUUUCUUUUUAAGUUACUACACGCCCGCACGUAGUUCGGCAAUACAAUUUCAUAUUUCUGAUUCAGUAUCAAUUAUCACUUGAAAUUACUGCUUGAGCUUAAACUAAAUGUAGUAUUUGUAUAUUUAUGUGAAGUAUUGUAACAUUUCAUUCAAUGACACUCACUGCAAUGAAAUCUUUACUUAGGUUUUUAUUAGUUUUUCACAAUUAGAAAGAUACAGUGCGACCGGUUUACAUUUAGAUUUUGCAAUUUUCCUCCUAAAUGUACGUUAAGAUGUAAAGUUUCGAAAGACGAGAAUAUAUUUUGCAUCGUAUUCGCAGGAACGCAAUACGGUUGAGAUAAUAUCUAAUAGUUUACACCAGAUAAUAUGUUAUUGCAAUUUCUAAACGAUUUUAAUUUAAUUUCACAAUUUCAUGUUACAUUUUUUGCAAACCUAUGAAAAACGUUUUAUCAAUAUUUUACUAUUGUUUGAGCAAUUUUUAAAAUUUCUGUCCCAUAUUUUAUGUGUUGUGUGACUGUUACCUUAAAAGCAGAAUCAUAUCAUCAGGAAAAGAGGAAUUUCGCUAUCUGAAAGCAAUUCAUGAACAUAAAAUAUUCGUUAUUAUUCUCAAUUGGUGGAAAAGUGUCGUUAAUUUUUUAAGAAGCAAAUCCAAAUUUUAAUAAUUUAUUCUCUUCUACAUAUAUGACUUCUAUUACUUCAUAAUAAAAAUCGGCAAUGUAAAUAGUACCGUUAAAAUUCAGUCAUUUCACUAAAGGAGAAAAAAUUUCAAAAGUUUCAUCAUUCUGAGUCUUUCUCUAAGAUAUUAUUAUUGUUAAUUUAUUUUUGUUAAAUGAAUAUAUUUCAAUUUGUAUGUAUGAAUUAAAAGAGAUAACGAAACA